AUGGAGGCAGAACGCUCUUCUGUCAAAAAAAAGGCAACUGGACCGCGGGCAUGUUUAACAAUUCUAGGUUCAUUUACCGGUCUGUUCUGCACAGUUGGAUUUAUGAACUCGUUCGGGGUGUUUCAAGAAUACUAUGGGAAAGAGCAGCUCGCCGACAAGUCCGAAUCAACGAUUGCAUGGCUCGGUGCAAUUAGUAUCUUCUGUAUUUUCUUCAUCUCAGUAUUCUCUGGCCGAUUGCUUGAUGUUUUUGGACCUACUUUUAUGCUCUGUAUAGGCUCGCUAGGCACCGUGUUCUCACUCAUGAUGGUGUCGCUCUGCAAGGAGUUCUACCAGUUUAUUCUCGCGCAAGGAAUCCUUCUUGGCGUAUCGCUCGCACUGCUAGCGUGCCCAAUGCUUGCCCUCGUGGGACAACACAUCAAGGUGAAGCGUGGCGCAGCGCUGGGUAUAGUCCUCGGUGGCUCUUCUCUCGGGGGCGUGAUGUGGCCUAUCGCCAUCAACGAACUACUUCAGAAACCGAACAUUGGAUUUGGAUGGACAAUGCGGAUUGUCGCGUUUAUAAUGAUUCCCCUAUUAUCUGUCUCCUGUAUCUGCUGUCGGCCACCCAAGACAAGCCCCCCUCCGACUCAACGGCCUGCGUCUGAUGAAGAGGUCACGAUAACCGAGACCAAAGCAUCCGUCCCUAAAACUGACUAUUCCGUUCUUAAAAAGCCCAGCCUCCAGCUAUCCUGCCUCGCCUUUUUUAUCAUUUAUUUCGGAAUGUUUUCUCCAUUUUUCUUUACUACCUCUUACGCAGUCGCAGAAGGGUUCUCAACCGACCUGGCGUUUUAUACCAUCUCGAUCGUUAACGGUGCUUCAUUCUUCGGUCGUGUCCUUCCUGGUAUUGUCGCGGAUCGGUAUGGAAAGUUCAACUGCUGCAUCGUGGCUACUUUCUUCUCCGGCAUUAUCGCUCUCUGCUGGACGAAAGCGACUUCCGUAGCUGGCUUGGUUAUGUUUUCUCUCGCAUAUGGAUUUGCAUCAGGGGCCAUCCUUUCCCUACAGCAAGCCUGCGCUGCGCAAGUCGCCACGCCACAAACAAUCGGGUUGACCAUGGGUACCGUCAUGGCAGCCACAUCUUUCUCAGCCAUGGCUGGAGUCCCUAUUAGUGGUGAACUGGCAGGCAAAUACGGGUAUCUGGCAUUGUCGAUCUACUCCGGCGUGAGUCUUUUGGUAGGGAGUGUUCUGUUGGCGGCGGCGAGGUUCGUCCAAAGUAGGAAGUUGCUUGAUGUUGUGUAG